AUGCAUACAACUGCCUUGCUUCAGUUGGCAUUGUACUUUCUCACGUUCUUCAUCAACCCCGCCUUUGCAUUCUGGCGUCUACCAUGCAAGAGUCCAGUUGUGGUCCAGAGAGCUGAUUCAAUUGUCGCUCCUGGUGGCGUGUCUGCACAUGUGCACACUAUCAUGGGAGCCAAUGGAUUUGGAUUUUCCAUGAAUUACGCUUCUACUCAAGCAUCAACUUGCUCUACUUGCACCGUGACAAAGGAUCUUUCCAACUAUUGGACUCCGACGUUGUAUUACAGAGCUCAAAAUGGUAGUUUCAUCUCUGUCAAUCAAAAUGGUGGUGUUAUAGUUUACUACAUACAGCGAACUGAUCCAUUGGAUCCCGAGUACUCAAAUGGUCUCUUAGCAUUUCCUGAAGGCUUCCGUAUGAUUGCUGGCAACCCAUAUCUUCGAACCUUCGACUCGAGCUCUUUAGAACAAGCUGCAAUCACCUAUAACUGUCUAGGUUCCGGCAAGCCCCAAACCAAUGCAUUCCCGAAUUACAACUGCCCCUAUGGGCUUCGAUCACAAGUCUUCUUUCCAUCAUGCUGGGAUGGUGUCAAUAUGGAUUCUACUACCUACGUAAGCCACAUGGCUUAUCCUAGUGGCACAGAUAGUGGACAUUGCCCUGCCAGUCACCCAAAGCGCUUCGUUUCUAUUUUCUACGAGAUUCUCUGGAAUACUCCUGAUUUUGCUGAUAAGUGGUACGGCAAUUCGCAACCAUUCGUUUGGUCUAUGGGAGACCCUACUGGCUACGGAUACCACGGCGACUUUUUCAAUGGCUGGGAUGUGCCAACUUUACAAAAGGCUAUCAACGAAUGUAACGAUCCAAAUGGAGUUAUUGAAAAUUGUCCUGUUUUCCAAUUCGAAACCGAUGCCGUUGCAAAUGGUUGCAAAGUUCCUCCAUCAGUCCAUGAACAAAUUUCCGGUGUUCUUCCUAGACUUCCCGGUUGCAAUGGAGUUCAAAGUGGUCCUGCAAACGCUGUUCAGCAAACUGGAUGUGGUGCCACGACUACCAUCGGUACACCAAUGUGGCCAUAUACUGACGUGACGAAAUCAAAGAGCUUUGCUUAUUUAGGUUGUGGGGUCGAUAUAGCUGGUCAGGCUCGUACACUUCAAGGAGCUAGCUUAACCAACAAUACAGGUAUGACAAUCGAAAGCUGUGUUGAUUUCUGCAACAGCAAAGGCUAUAGUAUCGCUGGCUUGGAAUAUUCUACACAAUGCUUCUGCGAUAAUACUAUUCUUGCCGGUAGAUCCCCAGUCCCUGGCCUUGUGGGAGAAUGUGGCAUGCCUUGCUCUGGCAAUAACCAACAAAUUUGUGGAGGAGCGGCUCUAAUCUCACUGUACCAAAAGUGUUCAAGUUCCAAGAAUUGCACCAACAUCCAGUAUCCAUUCAAUGCUGGUCUGAAGAAGCGCAAGUCGGAAGAAAAACGUGAGAGACGUCAAAAACGCGAUAGCGAGUCUGUUUGCUCCUCAAGCAGUAUCCCGGCUUCCUCUACUUCUGCAUCUACUUCUGCGUAUGUGUCUGCUUCUGCAAAUCCAUCUGCGUCUUCAACGUCGCCUUUGUCAAUGCCAGCAAUGCCAAAUUCAAGUAGUUUGUCAUUGUCGUCUACGGCUAACAAUCCUUUAGCCUCUACUCGGGCAUCUAGUGUUUCCAUAUCGGUGCCUGUGGCAACCUCUGCUACCACCAAGUCGAGCUCGACGUCCUUUGACUCUGGAACCAAAGUUUCCACCCAAUCGAGCUCGGCAUCUUCUAAUUCUGGCACCAAAGUUAUCACCAAAUCAAGCUCGGCAUCGUCUAAUUCUGGUAUCAAAAUUACAACAGUCGUUACAGCAACAGCAUCAACUUUGACAACCGUCACCGCAACAGUCUCUUAG